UCGGCCUUCCUUCCUUUCCCUUCACAACUGGUAGACGAAUAGACGAUUGACGAGGAAGAGCUGCACAAGGCAAAAAAAAGCUGCUUUUGUUCCCUGAAAACUGCUUUGAAUUCACAGUCCACACCGUCUCAAGGCUCAUUUUACAGUUUAUAGCCAACCGACUUUUGUUUUGAGAACCAAAAAUCUAGGGUUUGAGGAGUUCUGAGUUUUUUUGGUUUGAAGGUGGUGGUUUGCAGAUCGCGUUGUUUCUUGUUACGUGAAGAUCAAACCUUCGUGUUUAUUACUAAGAUUCACCAAAUGGAUACUAAUGCAAUUAAGGGGAAUACGCUGGCGCUUACAGAUCAUGUGAUUGUUCCUGCCAGUGCAAUUUCAGCAGCAAUAAAAGAACUUAAGGGUGAAGAGAUUGGACAAAAUGACCCCCUAAUCAUCACUCAAGCUUCAUCUUUAAAAGAAUUUCCAAUUGAGCCCUUCUCUAUGGAUCUUGUUGUUUAUAUUUCAAGAACGCUUGAACCUGCUGAUCAGUUGCUUGAGGAGAUAUUCAGAGUGUUGAAACCUGAUGGAAUGAUUGUAGUUCAGAUUUCUCAGCCUGCUGCAGAAAACAAUGAUAAGCCAAGCAGUACAUUAGAACGCAAGUUACUGUUUUCUGGAUUCCUGGAAGCACAAGUUGUUCAAUUGAAACCAUUCCUGCAGCAAGAAGAUAUUCAACCACUUACAAUAAAGGCUAAGAAGCCUUCUUGGAAAAUUGGUUCAUCAUUUUCGAUCAAGAAAGUGACAAAAAGUUUGCCUAAAAUCCAAAUUGAUGAUGAUUUAGAUCUUAUUGAUGAAGAUAGCCUUUUGACAGAAGAUGACCUGAAGAAACCACAACUGCCACCUGUUGGCGACUGUGAAGUUGGAAGCACUAGGAAAGCUUGCAAAAAUUGCACUUGUGGGCGGGCUGAGGCAGAGGAGAAGGUGCAGAAGUUGGGUUUGACUGCAGACCAGAUUAACCCUCAAUCUGCAUGUGGCAAUUGCGGACUAGGUGAUGCAUUCCGGUGCAGUACAUGCCCCUAUAGGGGUCUCCCUCCAUUCGAGUUGGGUGAGAAGGUAUCACUACCUGUGAAUUUUCUGGAUGCUGACAUUUAAACGUUGAGGAACAAGUUAUCGGCAGGAUCAUGUUGUUGAGAUGGUUUCUGAGUGUGUACGUGGUGUCAGAAUCGGUGUAGUGUCUGGUCUCAGUAUAUAUGUAGUUCUGUCAUCAUUUGUCUCAAACUUGAAAGGAUUCAGGAUAAUAACCAAGUUCAAGUACCCUGUGAAGAUUCCUUGAUGCUGUGAUGAGCCACCGAUAUAUUAGGAAGAAGAGAAACCAAAAUUUUAACCGCAGUUUCUGCAUUUUGUGUUGUUUUUUCUAGGCUAACUUCUCAUUUUGUGUUUGCUUGUAAUGGAUUCUUCUUUUAGGGGGGAUUAACUCUCUCUAACCAAAGUUUUUUUUAGUAUGAUCCACUAAGAGGUCACUGCUGGCAUUUCAUGAUGUUUCUUGAAUGUCAAUUAAAAAAAACACUUGCAA